CAGAAGGCGCUGAAAGGCGGCCGGGGCAGCGCGGAGGGGCCCGGGGAGACGCGUGGCCGGCUCGGCUGCCCAGGGAGCGGCCCGGGGAGCGAUGCCCCCGUCGCCGGCUCCCGCCCCCGCCGGGACUCGCCGCUGCCCGGGCUCGCCCUCCGCCCAUGGGAUGUAGCCGCGGCGGGCCGCUGGGGGGGCUGGUGCCGCGCGGCCCGCUGGCCCUGGCCGCGAUGCUGCUGCUGCUCUGCAGCUACUUCUUCUACUGCCUGACCGGCCCCUGCCAGCCCCUCCGCCGGCCCGGCUGGCCCCCGCGGGCGCCCCUCUGGCCCCGCCGCCCGCCCGAGCCGCCCGGGGGGCAGCAGGAGGAAGAAGCGGAGGAGGAGGAAGAGGAGGAGGAGGAAGAAGAAGGCGAGGAAGUCGCCGUCGCCUUGACCCAGGACGAGGCGCCCCCCGGGGCUCCGGCCGGGGCUCUUCUGCCGGUGUCCAGCGGCUCCGGCCAGAAGAAGUUCCCGCAGGCCAUCAUCGUCGGCGUGAAGAAGGGCGGGACCCGCGCGCUGCUCGAGUUCCUGCGCGUCCACCCGGACGUGCGAGCCGUCGGGGCAGAGCCGCACUUCUUCGACCGUUGCUACGAGAAGGGGCUGCUCUGGUACAGAAACCUGAUGCCAAGGACCUUGGAAGGACAGAUCACCAUGGAGAAAACUCCAAGUUAUUUUGUGACAAAGGAAGCCCCGCGGCGCAUUUACAAUAUGUCCAGAGACAUCAAGUUGAUCGUGGUGGUUCGCAACCCUGUAACCCGGGCCAUUUCAGACUACACCCAGACUCUUUCCAAGAACCCCACCAUCCCCAGCUUCCAAAGCCUGGCCUUCAAGAAUCUGAGCAUGGGUCUUAUUGAUAUCACGUGGAGCGCUGUGAGGAUUGGACUUUACGUGAAGCAUCUGGACCACUGGUUGCGUUAUUUCCCUCUAUCCCGAUUUCUCUUCGUCAGCGGAGAGAGGUUGGUGAGUGACCCAGCUGGGGAAAUGGGCCGUGUCCAAGACUUUCUGGGUCUCAAGCGAGUGGUGACGGACAAGCACUUCUACUUCAAUGAAACCAAGGGUUUCCCUUGCUUAAAGAAACCGGAAGGGAGCAGCAGGCCCCGAUGUUUGGGGAAGUCCAAAGGACGGCCACACCCCAAAAUUGACCAGCAGGUUGUCCAACGCCUGCAGGAAUUCUACAGACCCUUCAACUUAAAGUUCUAUCAGAUGACCGGGCAGGACUUUGGGUGGGAUUGAGAGAUCUCUUGACACAAAGGAGAGAGGUGGAAUGUCGUGGGAGCAAACGUGAGGCCUCCUCAAAAAUCUCAUGAAGUACACGCUUCUCCCCAAAGUCUGUUGGGCAAAGAUGCGUCUGAAAUGCAACAUGCGAGGAACAUUUUCUGACCCUUACUAAUUUAUAUACUGUCCUUCCAAUAAUUGUUAUACUUAACAGUGUAGAGAGGAAAGUCUUGAAGCCUCCCCAGCUGACAUCAGCAAAAGGAGAGCAAACGAGGAAAACAUAGAUCGAUUGAAAUAUUCUGCUAAAUAAAUCUGGCCAAAAUGGA